AUGGUUAUAAACACUAUGAUGCAAGAAGAAGGAGAAGGUGGGUCAAUGGCUACGAGAAGCAAUCUCUCGAGUUUCCUCAAAGUCUUAUCUUCUUACAACUCCAAUGUCCUCUUAGCUGCUCUCGUCUUACUUCUCUUAGUCGUCCUCUUCGUCUUGCUUCUCCAUUUCUACGCCCGCUUUUUCUGGUCAAACUUCGACCAAGAUGUAUUCGCCGCACGACGCCACCGGAGAAGAAGGAGAAGAACCGUCACAACUACAAGAAUCAUACCUCCAGUACCACUUGGAGGUUUAAACGGUGGAGUUUCUCCUUCUGCUGCUGCUGCAACAAACGAUGAAAAAGGUUUGGAUUCUUCAGUGAUUUCUUCGAUUCCUCUGUUUGUCUACGAGGAUGACGAGAAACACCAAGAAGAAGAAGAAGAGUGUGUGAUAUGUCUUGGUUUGUGGGAAGUGGGAGAUGUCGGAAGAAAGUUGAGAACAUGCGGACAUGGGUUUCACGUUGAGUGUAUAGACAUGUGGUUGUCUUCUCACUCUACUUGUCCUCUCUGUAGAUCCCCUGUUCUCGCCGCCUCAGAUCAAGACAGCCUCAAGCCGGCCAUUAAUGGCUUGGUAGAAGAAGAAAAAGAGGUUAGAUUGCAGUUGUUUCCACCUGGAGGGGAAGAAAACGACGAGGCAGAUGAUGAUCGGAGAUUUUCACUGUCUCUUGCUGUGGUGGAAGAUAAUAUCAAAACAGAGGUUGACGACGAAGGAGAGGUUAGAAUUGAAGUGUUAGAUGAGGGAGGAGGAUCAAGAGGUGAACGGAGAUCAACUUCAUCAGCAUCAAGUUCGUUGAUGAGAAUGUUGAGUAGUAGAAGUAGACCGGAGUGUAGCAAGGUCUUCCCUUCGGCGACGCAAGACUCUUCUCCGUAAACAAUAAGAUAAAACAAUUUUGGCAGUGUAAAGUGAAUAACCAAAGCCUCGUACUAAUUUAGUUGAUUAAGCUUUGGUUGAAGGCUAAUGAUUAUGAUUACGACAUGACUAUUGUCUAUGCAAAUCAAAUACUACUUCUGCAACAAAAAAGGCAAAACACAAGUACAUGCAUCUUAAUUAUCUUAUCAUUUUCUAGUGGAUCUCACUCAUUAUAUCACAUGUAAAAUCUAUAGCUUCUAUGAGAUGAUGAAAAUUUUAAGGAGACUUUUUAAUAGGAAAAAAAUUGAAAAAGCGUAGAACGCGACAGAGAAUCUGUGAGGGGAACAUCAGUCACUUGGCAGUUGAGGUCAAAGCAUCUACUGUUUUACUCAUUGUUGCAAACUGUAAACUAAGCUUUAUUCUUGGCAUCUUCUUCAACCUUUCAAAUCAUUUCAUAUUCAGUAGGACACCAUUCUCUGCAGUUCUUAUCAAGACUAGUCGUUUUCAAACCUAUGAUAUUUUAGAGUUCAAUCAAAAGUAUUAUUUUCACAUCAAGAGGUUGUUUUCAAAUGUCUGUUUUUUUUAUUAGCUUACUCUUUAUCAUUUUU